GCUUCGUCGCGCGUGGGCAAGGUCACACGGCGUUCCGUUACGAACGUGCGUGAUUACUCCACCAGCACCGCGGCCGCCGUCGUCUCCUCCACACACCACACCGUCGUCUGCUCCACACUCGGUCGUCUCCACACCACACCACACUGUCACUGCACAGCCAUGGCGGACAGUGCGAGCGAGAGCGACACCGACGGCGCGGGGAGCAGCUCGGCCACCCCGAUGUCCCUCUCCUCGGCGUCCAAUUCGGGGAAACCGAGUGUAGUCAUCUCACAAUUCCGAUUAGAGGAAUUAACAAACCGCCUGGCUUCUCUACAGCAGGAGAACAAAGUUCUGAAAAUCGAGUUAGAAACGUUCAAACUCAAGUGCAAAGCCCUGCAGGAGGAGAAUCGGGACCUUCGUAAGGCUAGCGUCACCAUUCAAGCGAGGGCCGAACAGGAAGAAGAGUUCAUCAGUAACACCUUGUUCAAGAAAAUACAGGCCCUGCAGAAGGAGAAAGAGACCUUGGCCGUCAAUUAUGAGAAGGAAGAGGAAUUUCUCACCAACGAGCUGUCAAGAAAACUCAUGCAGCUCCAACACGAGAAGGCAGAGCUGGAGCAGCACUUGGAGCAGGAGCAGGAGUUCCAGGUCAACAAGCUGAUGAAGAAGAUCAAGAAGAUGGAGAACGACACCAUUUCCAAGCAGCUCACGCUGGAGCAGCUGCGGCGCGAGAAGAUUGACCUUGAGAACACAUUGGAACAGGAGCAGGAGGCGCUGGUCAAUCGGCUGUGGAAGCGCAUGGACAAGCUGGAGGCGGAGAAGAGGAUUCUCCAGGAGAAGCUGGACCAGCCCGUGUCGGCCCCGCCCUCUCCCAGGGAUGUUUCCAUGGAGAUCGACUCACCGGAGAACAUGAUGCGGCAUAUCCGCUUCCUGAAGAACGAGGUGGAGAGGCUGAAGAAAAGUCUGCGCACCACUGAGCUACAACACACGGAGAAGCGAGCCCAGUAUAUCGAGGAGGAGCGGCACAUGAGGGAGGAGAACAUCCGGCUGCAGAGGAAGCUGCAGCGGGAGAUGGAGCGCAGGGAGGCGCUGUGCCGGCAGCUGUCGGAGAGCGAGUCCAGUCUGGAGAUGGACGACGAGAGGUACUUCAACGAGAUGUCCGCGCAAGGCCUGCGUGCCCGGACGGUGUCCAGCCCCAUCCCCUACACCCCCUCCCCCAGCUCCAGCCGACCCAUAUCUCCUGGUCUGUCGUACAGCGGCCACACAGUGGGCUUCACUCCCCCGGCCACCUUGUCCAGAGCCGGCAUUUCCCACUACAACCCUCCAGCCCUUCACGUCCAUGGAAGCUCCUCGCACGCUGUAGCGAGGCCCUCCCCGCGAAGAAGCACCAGCCCCGACAAAUUCAAGCGUCCGACCCCGCCGCCCUCCCCCAACACGCACUCGGGGACCCUGGGGGCCCAGCCCGCGCUCCCCCCGCCCGCCCAGCCCAUGGUCCAGUCCAUGUCCUCCCCGGCGGCCAUGUCUCAGCAGGCCUCCUCCUCCAUGCAGCAGCAGCCCCCCGCCCAGCCUUAAGGCCUCCGCCCCAAGGUGACCCCUGCCCUGCCCCUACCCCCCCCCCCCCCCGCCAACACGUGUGACAUGGAACGCCCCCGGCGCUUACAGCAGAAAGCAGCUUCCAUCUUUAUCAGCCCCCCCUCCCCCUCCCCCUCCCCCCGGAAGUCACAUGUCUCUUCACGCUCUUCUCUUGCCGACUCCAAACAACAACAGCGCAAAGAAAAAUAAAAUGGCAACAAAAAAAAGUGGCUUAUGUGGUUUGAAGUUUGCGGGGUGGGGGUAAGGUGGGGGCGGCGCCGGACCAAGGCGCCACGGCACCCUGGAUGAAGCUGGCUCCGCCCCGGGCGGUGCGCAAUGUUGGUUAAAACGCUCUUAAAAAGGAAUGGACUGACUGAAAAUGAAGCGCUUGUGGGAUUGGUAGGCUGGUUGUCUGUUCAUCUUCUGUCCUUGUACAUGUAUAAUUGUUCUGUUUUUUUUGUUUUUUUUUCAGUCAUAUUAUUGUUUUUUCGCUUGGGACUUUUGCCGAUUGGAAUUGUUGUUGUGGCACUCAUGAGGAACGUGACACAGCAUCUCAUGGUAGUGUUUUUAUUUCUGAUUUCAUGGAUGUUCUGAUGAAUCAACCGUUGGAUGUAUAGCUUGAUAGGCCGGUGGAUAGAUGUGUCCAUCUGCUCCAUGCCUAAUAAUACCGCAUUUGAUUGCAGUACUGUGCCCCUACCCACUAUAGCUCACCUUACUUAUUUUGUCUCUAAAGCAUCGUACGCAUUCGCCGCCAACAGUUACACGCAGCUCUGAUGAGUCUUUAAGCGGAAAUGGAGGACUCAUCAACUAGGAAACAGUUCACUGAGUUACAGGGCGUCGACCAAACCCAACUAGCCACCCGUAUAUAUAUCUACAUUUUCUUUACGAUAAGCAGAUCCAAGGCUGUGCUGCCUUAAAAAAAACAAAUAUAUACACAAAAGAUUCAGCAGUGACCUAAAGGAAAUCAGAUCAUCGGUACAAACAUAACUUACUCGUCACCUUCGGUAGGCGAGUGUAACGGGAUGUUGCAACAUAUUCACGUCACUUGCGACUCUCCUCCGCUCUUCCUCUAGUUCUGAAAGCUUCAAUCAUCCUAUGGAUAUUCCUCAUCAGAAAAAAAAACCAUAAUGCUCUUUACACUAAAUAUACAUACUGCUAAAACAUUCUUAAUGAAUGGUACUGUUGAACUAAAUUUCUAUGUAUGAUUAAAAGCUCUUGAAGACUA